AACACAACACCCACUUUGUUUAUUUUCAAUCAAAUUAAUCUGCUUUUGCACUUAUCUUAUCAUCAUACACCUUUUUCAUUCAUCUCUUCUAAACCUUCUAAAAAAUUAUCACAUAAAAAGAAAAACUAGAGUGAGAAUGAGUCGGAAUCACGCUGCCAUGAUUUUGGGAAGAAUUAUCUCCAAUUCUUCAUUCAAUUCAUCCACUUUCCCCAUUGCUUCGUUUCUUGUCAAACCCAGAUUCAAUUUUGAUAAUCUAAGCCACCAAAUUAAAUACUUCUCCGCCUAUCCCAGAUUCGAUUUUGGAUCUAUACGUGAGCCCAAUGAUGCCGUCGCUCUAUUUCGGGAGAUGGUAAGCACGGAGCCGCUUCCUUCUGUUAAGCUUUUCAAUAAUCUGUUGAGUGUUGUGGUGAAGAUGAAACAAUACUCUCUUGCCCUUCAUCUGUUCGACGAAAUGCUUAAGAGAAAUGCUCCUGUAAAUCACUACACGAUGAAUAUUGCAAUUGAUGGCUGUUGCCGACUGAAAAGACCUGAUUUUGGGUUUGCUAUCUUAGGCAUUUUUUUCAAGCGUGAGUACGAGCCUGAUGUUGUAACCUUUACAAUUCUCAUCAAAGGCCUUCUCCUGGUUGGAAGGAUCUCAGAGGCAGCUAAAGUGUUGGGGAAGCUGUCCGCCUACCACCUGUGCGAGCCUGACGAAUAUAUGUAUAGUACUAUAAUUAAUGGUUUAUGCAAAGCUGGAGAUAUUCUCCAGGCUAUUGAUUUGCUCUGCUCAUUGGAAAAGGGAAAAGGGAGCUGCAAACCCAAUGUCUGUGCUUACAGCAUAGUCAUUGAUGCUCUAUGCAAAGAUGGAAAGGUCGACGAAGCUCUCCAACUCUUCACCUCUUUGGGUGAUAAGGGGAUUUCACCCAAUAUAGUGACAUAUAAUUCAAUAAUCGAGGGGUUAUGCAAUAGGAGAAGAAUGGACGAGGCUCAAGACAUUUUAAGGAAGAUGAUUGCUGAUGUGGUCAGCCCAGAUGUGUUGACGUGUAAUAUCUUUGUGGAUGCUUGGUGCAAAGAUGGAAAGGUGGAAGAAGCCGAGCAUAUGUUGGUAUCUAUGAAAGAGAUUGAUAUUCACCCCAACAUUGUCACUUACAGUGCAUUGAUUAAUGGAUACUGCUUGCAAGGGAAAAUGGAUGAAGCCGGACGUAUUUUCCAAUUGGCAGUCAACUCUGGAAUCAAGCCCGAUAUCAUCAGCUACAAUAGCUUGAUGAACGGCUAUUGCAAAAUAGGGCGAGCCGAUGAAGUUUCACGUCUUUUUGCCAUAAUUCCUGCCAAAAGGUUAGAACGCAAUGUGGUUUCUUAUAACAUAAUGCUGCAUGCCUUAUUUUGUGAAGGCAAGUGUGAAGACGGCUUGCAGCUGUUCAAAGAAAUGGAAGCUCUACAAGUAUCUCCGGAUAUAUGGACUUAUAAUAUCGUGUUGGAUGGUUUGUGCGGAGCUCAUCGUAUUGCUGAAGCUUUUCCAGUGUUGCAUAUCAUGGAAGAUAAAGGUAUCAUUCCAAAGAUAGUAACAUACAAUAUUCUCAUUCGGGGAUUGUGCAACAACAACAAUGUCAGAGAAGCAAAGGAUCUUAUUGACGAGCUUCCAUCCAAAGGUUUGCAGCCUGACGUCGUAACAUAUACGAUUCUCAUUGGUGCACUUUGUGAAGAAGGGCAGAUAGAGGAGGCCAAGGAUCUGUUCCAUGAGCUUCCGUCCAAAGGUUUGCAGCCUGACGUCAUAACGUAUAAAAUCUUUAUCGGUGCACUUUGUGAGGAAGGGCAGAUCGAGGAGGCUAAGGAUUUGAUGACGCAAAUGGUAAACAACGGUUGCUUGCCUGAUAAUGUGACGUACAAUGUUUUUGUUCAAGGUCUUCUCAAAAGGAACCAGAUGCUUGAUGCAAUGCCACUCAUGGAAGAGAUGGAUGCAAGGGGAUUCACACUUGACAAAAUUUCAUAUUCGAUGUUGAUUGAACCAGUGAAAAGGGAAGGUAAAGAUAGCGUUCUGUUUAAUAAGGUUAAGAAACUCGUACCAGAGGACUUCUAUUCUAGUUAGGUUUUAUGCUGUGUUUGAAGGUCAAGAAUUAUUGCAAUAGAGAUUAAUGGGAAAGUACAAUUGCUUAUUAGUUUAUUUAGUCUUUGUGUUAUGAUGAUUAAAAAUGCUUCAAUUUU